AUGUCUGAAUCAUCAAACCAUGGAAAAGCAUCUCCACAUCAAUCAUCUUCCCCCGAUCAUCAACCCUCAUCAAACGCGGACACGACGUCACGGGCGCCCGCGCCACCACCGGUGGCCGCACCUCACAUGAUGUAUUACCAACCGGGACCUGGUUAUCCACCAGGUCCUCAUGGCCCACCACUACCACCCUUUCAUCCAUACCCUCCACCACCACAUGGAUACCCCCCAUAUCCUCCUCAGCCGCAAAGAUACAAUAACUAUCCUGGUCAUGCACCAUACUACCCUCCUCAAAACUAUCAUUCCGACGCAGUAGGUAGAGGCUUCCUUAGAGGAUUCAUAAUGUGUUCAUGUUUCAUAUUCACAGGCUUCUUCCUUUCAACUCUCAUAAUAGCAUUCAUAUUACAUCCUAAACUACCUGUUUACAAGGUUCACGCCAUGUCGGUAACGAAUUUCAACACAAGUCCAGUUUUAACAGGCGAUUGGAGCAUCAGCCUGGCCAUUGAGAAUCCUAACACAAAACUAAAAGGUUUCUUCUCGGAUUUUAAGGUUGAUGUCGUGCAUGAUCAAACCAACGAGAUAGCUAUGAGUUUUGUGCCCGAUUUUCAAUUGGAAAAACAUGAAGAAAAACAUAUGGACGUUAAAGCUUCUUCGAACAACGCUGGAAAUAUCGUGUCGUUUCAAAAAUGGGAUUUGGAUAAGAUGAGUAAUGAAAAACAAAGUGGUUCCAUUACGUUCGGUUUGAAGGUGUCUUCCAUGGCUGAGUUUAAGUCAACCUCAAUGUCCACCAAAAGUAUGAUGAUGUUGGCUGUUUGCGAUGGGUUGAAGAUUGUGUUUCAAAAUAAUUCUGGUAAUGGUACCUUGGACAAUGGGGGUAAACCUGUCAAUUGCAUGCUUUACAUGUGA